AGGAAAGGGCUGUUAUCUUGUACCAGGGGACAGUAACCAACGGGAUCUGACUGGCCCAGGCCUCCAGGAGACGCUGAGUGCAGAGCCUGCAAAGCCAGGGGCAGGCUAAGCAAACAGUGAGUUCCUGGGACGGGAGGCUGCAGCCCUGCCUCAGUCUGCCUGAGCAGUCCAGGAGCCACGCGCCAUGAGGCUGCUGGUCCCAGCUCUGAUGCUGGGUUUGCUCUGCGGAGCUUUUGCAGCUGAAGAGUCGUGUGUGGGCCGUUGCGAGGAUGGUUUCCAUGCCCAGAGGAAGUGCCAGUGUGACGCCCUCUGUGUGUACUACCAGAGCUGCUGCAGUGACUACGCGAUGGCCUGCAAGUCGAAAGUGACCCGCGGGGACAUGUUUGCGUUCCCCGAGGAUGACUACAUGGACUACAGCACCAAUGCUACGUUGGGUGAAACCACAGAGACCCUCGACACAGGCACUGACCCCCCAACCACAUCUCCAGACCCAGUCACUGCUGCCACUGUUGAUUCGGUCACAGUGCCAGGCAGUGGGGUCCCCCUGCUGGUUCCCAGUGGGCCGGAAGAGGUGGAGCCGGAGGAGGUGGAGGAGCUGUGCAGCGGGAAGCCCUUUGAUGCAUUCACGGACCUGAAGAACGGUUCUCUCUAUGCAUUCCGAGGGAAAUACGUCUAUGAACUGGACGAGAAGAGCGUGAGGCCCGGCUACCCCAAGCUCAUCCGCGAUGUCUGGGGCAUCGAGGGGCCCGUCGAUGCCGCCUUCACACGCAUUAACUGUCAGGGCAAGACCUACAUUUUCCAGGGCAGUCAGUACUGGCGCUUCAACGAGGGUGCCCUGGACCCCGGCUACCCCCGCAAUAUCUCAGAUGGCUUCCAGGACAUCCCUGAUGACAUCGACGCAGCCUUCGCCCUCCCCGCGCACAGCUACCAUGGCCAGGAGAGAGUCUAUUUCUUUAAAGACAAGCAUUACUGGGCAUACGACUUUGCCAACCAGCCCAGCCAGCAGGACUGUGAGAUGUCCUCCCCAUCGCUGGUGUUUGAUCACUACGCGCUCAUGCAGGGCGACAGCUGGGAGGACCUCUUCCAACUGCUCUUUGGGGGCACCCCGUACACUGGGGCCAGUGGACCGCGGUACAUCAGCAGAGACUGGAGGGGGCUGCCGAGACCCCUAGAUGCUGCCAUGGCCGGCAGGAUCUACGUCUCCUCAAAGGCUAGCAGCUGGUCUCGAAGGAGGAAAUCCCGCCGGCACCGCAAGAAGUACAGGAGCCGGCGGCCGGCAGCUCACACUUUCUGGGACUGGCUCCAGGAUGAAUCCGAUUCCUCGGACACGGACCCUGACUGGCUGCCCGGGGGCUCCCAGUGCCAGCCCAUCCAGAGCGUCUACUUCUUCGUGGCAGACAAGUACUAUCGCCUCAACCUGCGCAGCAAGCGCGUGGACUUCGCGCGCCCUCGCUACCCUCGCCCCAUCGCUCAGUACUGGCUGGGCUGCCCAUGAGCGGGACCGGGGAGCCCCCAAGGGGAUGGGCUGCUGCCGUCCCACCAUAUCCACAGCAGCUGGGUCUUUCGCUAAAGCCAAAUAAACAGGGAGCUCAGUGUCA